UUGUAAUUCAUCCAGCGAAUUCGCUGUGUGCACGACCUUGAACGACGGUGGGCAAGAUCAGGCAGCACCCAUGGUGACGAACGAAGGCAAUACUGUUAGCAUAAAUAUAUAAUAAUGUGAGGUUAUGCAUAGUGCAAGAAUGGAGAAAACACGCAGUGGAAAUCGCGGAUGCUGUAUUAAAAGUUGUAAAAAUACUUAUAAUAAUACUUCUUCUGAAAUUACUUUUUAUGGUCUACUAAAGGCUAAAUACAAAUACCCUCAACGUGAGAAAUGGAUCCAAUGGAUUCAAAAAGUGAAGAAAGUUGAUGAUGAUUGCUCUUCACAUCCCUCUGGUUGGAAAUUGACCGAAUACUUAAAAAUUUGUAGUUCACAUUUUAUUGAAAAUAAAUCUUCAUCAAAUUGGUUUAGUCCAAGUUAUGAACCAACAAUACUGCAUCGUAAAAAUAAUAAAAUACUAGCUAGCGAGAAAAUGAAAGUUCAAAGGUAAAUAUAAAAAAAUUAGAAUUAAUAAAAUUGAUUUUUUUGCAAUAAAUAACGUAACUUUUGAAUCUUGUUCGUUCAUGAUUACUUCCAAAACGUUAUCUGAAAUGAUGGCAUCACCGAACAAGACCAAGAUAAAACAAUUAACUCUUAUUAAUGACCCGGAGAAUUCUUCUUGCUAUGCUUUAAUUGGAAAUCCGAAUAGUAUUCUAAUAAAUGAUAAAUUAACUGAAUUUGUAAUAAGUGGAGGGGACAGUAAUGACACAUAUACCAUAAACAAUGUAGUAGAGUAUGCACCAAAUUUAAAGAAGUUGGACAUCAUUGGUAAGCGUAUGAUAACAGAUUUUAAUUUCAACAAUACCACACUGGAAAUUUUUUUGGCUGAGAAAUUAGAGUAUUUAACAUUAAAAAAUGUGACUGGACUUAAUUCUUCAUUUUGGAUAAGUCACAUUCCAAGGAUAAAUUCAUUAUUUUUAAAAUUAAAAUAUCUAUCAUGCAAGGACUUACAAUCAUUUAUAAAUAUGAAUAGGAAUACAUUGGAAAAGAUUGAAUUAAUAGGAGUUUAUCUAUACGGAUUGAAUAUUUUAAUUGAGAUGAUACAGCAAGAACCAACAGAUGAGAAUGUACAAAAAGAACUUCGUUUGUAUAUGAAUGAAAAGCUAAGAACGAAAAUAUUGUACAUAAUGCCAAACAAAAAAAUUCCGGAACGACAAAUUAAAUCAAUAGUAGGAGAAUCAACACAUAAGGAUUUAAUAAGAUCACCAUUAUCAUUGAAGCAAACGAAUUAUUACGAAUUUUAGAAUUCAAAAGACAAAAGCAUCGCCUUUCCAUUGUUCUGUUGGAGUUCUACAUUCGUAAUAAAAUGUGUUCUUAUCAAUGAUAGAUAUAUGUAUAGACGACCAUUCUCGUUUGAGGUGCUCCAAAGUUAA